AUGCCCGAGGCCAUGCUGCCCGCCUGCUUCCUCGGCCUGCUGGCCUUCACCUCUGCCUGCUACUUCCAGAACUGCCCGAGGGGCGGAAAGAGAGACCUGUUUGACCUGGAGCUGAGACAGUGUCUCCCCUGCGGCCCCGGGGGCAAGGGGCGCUGCUUCGGGCCCAGCAUCUGCUGCGGGGUCGAGCUGGGCUGCUUCCUGGGCACGGCCGAGGCGCUGCGCUGCCAGGAGGAGACCUACCUGCCGUCGCCCUGCCAGUCGGGCCAGAAGCCGUGCGGAAACGGGGGCUCCUGCGCCGCCAACGGCAUCUGCUGCGAUGAAGAGAGCUGCGCCUACGAGCCCGAGUGCCGGGACGGCGUCGGCUUCCACCGCCGCGCGCGCUCCAUCGACCAGAACAAUGCGACCCAGCUGGACGGACCAACCGGGGCCUUGCUGCUGCGGCUGGUGCAACUGGCGCGGGCACCCGAGCCCGCCCCACCCGGCCUCCACUGA